AUGGAGGAGGCGAGACUCUCGACGUUACCUUUUAGUGCAAGUUUUAAUCCUUCAAACCCAUUAGGGUUUUUAGAGAAUGUCCUUGACUUUAUUGGGAAAGAGAGUAACUUUCUGAGGAAAGACACGGCUGAGAAAGAGAUCACCGAUGCUGUUACUACCGCAAAGGAGAGGUUGAGGGAAACGGAGAAGAAGACGGAGUCCAUGGAUGUGGAGAAGGUUAGACCCUCGACAUUGCCGUUUAAUGCAAGUUUUGAUCCUUCAGAUCCAUUAGGGUUCUUGGAGAAAGUCUUUGAAUUUGUUGGGAAGAAGAGCAAUUUUCUAGUGAAAGACAAGGCUGUGAAUGCGAUCAUCACUGCUGUUACGGACGCCAAGGAGAGGUUGAAGGAAGAGGAGAAGGAGAGUGUAAAGCAAGCAACAGUAAAGAUUAAGAAGUACGGACUGCAAAUUAGGGCUCCGUCACAGAAAAAGCAAUCAUCAUCUCGACCUCUACUUCGGACUGCUUCAAUAUUUGGUGAGGAUGAUGAAGAAAACGAUGUGGAGAAGGAGAUUUCUCGACAAGCUUCAAAGACCAAGUCUCUUAAAAAGAUUGAGAAGCAGCAUAAGAAAGCUAUAGAGGAGGAUCCUUCUGCUUUUGCAUACGAUGAAGUUUAUGAUGACAUUAAACAUGAAGCGGCUCUUCCACGAAUGCAAGAUCGUGAAGAGCACAAGUCAAGAUAUAUACAGCAUAUUAUGAAACAAGCAGAACGUAGAGAGAAAGAACAUGAGAUAGUUUAUGAGAGAAAGCUUGCGAAAGAAAGAGCGAAAGACGAACAUCUUUAUUCGGAUAAAGAAAAGUUUGUAACUGGUCCCUUUAAAAGAAAACUAGAGGAACAAAAGAAAUGGCUGGAGGAAGAAAGAUUGCGUGAACUUCGAGAGGAAAGAGAUGAUGUUACAAAGAAGAACGACUUGAGUGAAUUCUACAUCAACAUUGGAAAAAAUGUGGCAUUUGGAGCUCGAGAUAUCGAAGCUAGAGAGGCAGGGAGGCUCAAGGAGCUGAGAAAGGUAGAUAGGCUUGAGGAGCUGAGAAAAGAAGAGACAAGGAAAGAGAAGAAAAGAAAAUCACCGGAGAAGGAAGUGUCCCCUGACUCAGGAGAUUUUGGAUUAAGUAGUAAAAAAAGCGUCAAACCGCAAGACGCAUCAAUCAAAGAGGAAGCAAAAGAAACGCAGAAAGCCACUAGAGAGGAUGCGAUAGCGACUGCAAAAGAACGGUUUCUAUCCCGUAAGAAGGCAAAGAUAGAAAAGUAG